UGACAGUCCUACAGCUUCUAAACUGUCAGAGUUUUGUGCUGUCAUAACUCACAUACAAUCACAUAAAUAUCGAGUUUUUCGAUUUUUUAGUUGCUUCAGUAAAAAAAUAAUAUUUAUAAAUACGUAUGCAAUGUGUUGAUAAUAUUUACAUAACUAAAAUUUUACAGUGAAGUAAUUAUAUUGUUUAAAAUGUUUUGAAUCUUGACAUCGCUACAAAAUCGCAAAUUGCGUUUCUCCUAUAAUAUAUUUUUAGAUUAUGGAUGAAAAUAUGUCGGAAGAUGAACUUCGGGCCGAGAGUCCCGUUGAAGGGGAGAGACAGGAUAGUGCCAAAAGAAUGCGAACCGAUUUCGAAGGGGAAGAGCAUUCUGUUUCAUCCAAUAAUUCUGAAAAUAACUCUAAUAGUAAUGAUUGUAAUGAACAGUCUGCUAGUGUAAGUAGUGAUAGUGGGUUCCCCUUGAGUGUUGAGGGUAAUGGUAAUGAACAGAUUGUCGAUAAUACAGAGGAGCAAAAUGAUGAAUCUGAAAAUAGGGUAAGAAGUGAAGAAGAGGGGCUUACUGAAAGCGAUGAUGAAGAUUUAGAUUCAGUUUUAAGUAGCUCUGGAAAUUUUGCAAGCGAUAGUACAAGCGCUGAAAAUACCAUUGUUCGUAGUUCCGAUAUGGACUCUGAAGAGGAGACAAUCAAUGACAUACUAAAGAAAAAGCCUAAGCACACUUGGUUUAUGGCACCAGAAAUAAUUAAUAGACAAAUUGGAUAUGGAGCUAGAAAAGCUAAUCCAAGUCUGUUUCAACAAAGGUGUUAUGGAUCUCUUAGAAAUGUGCAAAAACUUGAAUUGAUGUACAAACUUGAAAAGCAUGAUGGAUGUGUAAAUAGCCUUAAUUUUAGUCCCGAUGGUAAAUUUUUAGUUAGUGGAUCAGAUGAUCUAAAGGUUGUUAUAUGGGAUUGGAGAAUUUGCAAAAGUUUGAUGAAAAUAGAGACUAAACAUCGUAGAAAUAUAUUUCAAACAAGGUUUCUUGAUUUUAAAGGACCGGAAUUACAUUUGGCAACAUGUGCAAGAGAUGGUCAAGUUUUUUACAUACAGGUUUUACCAGAUGGUCGUACAGAGAAUAAAAAAUUAGGCCAACAUAAAGGUCCUUGCCAUAAGCUUGCAGUUUUAAAAGACCAACCACAUGUGAUUCUAAGUGCUGGAGAGGAUGGAGUAAUCCUAAGCCACGAUAUUAGAAAGAGUAAAGCACGAAAUAUUUCUGAAGUUGAUAAUGAUGGAAGAGAAGUUGCACUCUACAGCAUUCAUGCCAAUCCAUUAAGAACUCAUGAAUUUUGUGUGUCAGGCAGAGAAGCAUAUGUUAGAAUAUAUGACCAAAGAAAAAGCCGUGAACCAUUAGCAAGACUAUGUCCUUAUCAAGAGAGUGAUCCAAACAAUCUACACAUUACUUGCGCAGUGUACAAUCACGACGGCAGCGAAGUACUGGCUUCUUACAAUGAUGAUGAUAUUUAUCUAUUUGAUACUCACACAGUACGUGAUACCUUUCAGUAUAUCCGUAGAUAUUCAGGUCAUAGAAAUGCUGCAACAAUUAAGGGCGUGUCAUUUUUUGGACCUCGGUCGGAAUUCAUCGUGAGUGGCUCAGAUUGCGGCCACUUGUUCUUCUGGGAGAAGAGUACUGAAGCAAUUGCUCAAUUUCUAUUGGCCGACGAUAAUGGUGUAGUGAAUUGUGUCGAACCGCACCCUGAACUGCCGUUUGUCGCAACCAGUGGUCUCGAUUGGGAUGUAAAGCUCUGGGUGCCAUCUUGUGAAGACGAACCAGUUAUGAGAGACUUACCCCGCACUGUGAGAAAGAAUAGGAGGGAAUGUUGGAACACUUCUACAGAUCAGUCUGACAAUCAGUCUUUGUCGCAGGUGCUGUGGUUGCUGUGGCGUCGUCUGAGAGCGUCGCGUCAUGCGCGCGCAUCUCGUAACGCGGAAGACAGUUUCCAGGUCGGCGGCAGAACCGGAUUCUCGUUGCUAAGUCUCGAUUCCAGCGGAUCUGACAGUUCCUCGGAGUCGUGGCGCUCAUUACACAGCGACGCCGACACGGACGACAGCCCGCCAGGUUGUGCCACAUCCUAAGAGGUCGGGUUCGUUCUAGCUGCGGUCGUUAUACCGUCACGUAUUACGAUGUUCACAACUGGUUAAUUUACUUUCUAAAUCUACGGGUAUUGGUAAUAUUAUGAAGUAAUAUACAGACCUGGUGUCAUCCUAAUUUUAGCUUAUGAAAUAGUGAUAUACACUCACCCGCAAAAUUUUGAUGUAUUUUAAAGUUUAAUAUAUUUUAUUCUAGUGGGCCGAUUUUUAUGAUUUUUAAGCAAUGUUGUAGCUAAAUUAUUUGACUUUUUAGUGUCUCCAAGUUGUGUCCCCAAGUACCCCUCAAACCGAAUGCAUCCUUGUUUUAUUUAGUUUCUUCGUCUUACUGAUAAAAUCUGUAAGUUAAUCUGAGUUUAAGAUCAAGACGAGACAUAUUUUACUCGCUCCAAGUUUUUGAACUGUACCAACUUUACAUAUUACUAUUUAUUGGUACAAUUUGGUUUAAGCUUCAUUUUCAUGCGUCUGUUAUCCGUUGAUUCGAUGGUCCGACGGCGCUCUGAUUGAUCAUAGCGUUUCAUCCGUAAUUUUUUUACUCCAGGUCGUCAACGGAGAAAGAUCGUACGGUAACGGACCUUUUGACACUUUUUUGACAAAUUUAAUCUAACCUUAAUAAAAAUAUAAUAGUACAAGAGCUAGCACCGUCGGGAAAACGAGAAUUUUAAGAAAGCUGGUUCUUUAAUAUAUCUUUUGCUAUGCUCUCCUGACGAAAGUGCGGGCUGUCUGCCUGCCGGUAGACUACUACUGCGCAUCACAUCUGUACAGGGUCUCAUUUUCGUGUGUUUGGAAUAUCUCGUUUUUGAGUAGAGAUACAAUGAUGCGAUUUUCACAUUA